AUGGCGAUGAAAGGUAAAGGGCAACAAAACAACAUUGGUGAGGAUAUGAAUCAAAGAGGCAAGAAUAAGACGGACAUCCCCAGAAAGAGGCGUCUCGCCUAUGUUGAAUCCCGACCAGAGGCUGAAGAACAGACAGUCAGAGCAGAGGAAGAAUGGGCCAGCCCAUUCUCAGAGGAGAUCCUAGCUGACAUUCUGCCUAAUCAUUAUAAGCCGAUCAACAUGGAGUAUGACGGGUCUGAGGACCCAGAGGUGCAUAUGGCAAGAUUCGAGACCGUGGUAAUGCUUCACCAAUAUUCAGAGGGUAUUAAGUGCCGCAUUUUCUUUACCACCCUCACGGGCCUAGCUCAACAAUGGUUUCGGACACUUGAUCUAGGAUCUAUAUAUUCAUUCGCGGAGUUUCAUGAUCUCUUCAUGUGUCAGUUUGCUAGCUCGAGGAGGAUGGCAAAGACGGCCAUAUCUCUGAUGGAAAUCAGACAAGAGCCAGGAGAAACACUCAAGGAAUAUGCAUCGCGGUUCACUAUGGCUUCUCUGGCUGUCCCCAUAGCUGAGUUCCAGAUCAAGGGUUAUGCUUUUGUUAGAGGGUUAAAACAAUGUGCAUUCUUCGAGGAAUUACAGAUACACCCACCUGCUAAUUUUGAUGAGAUAAUGGCCAAGUUGCCAGGGUACAUUCAGUUGGAAGAAACCAAGGCCGGCCGUAGAGCUGAAAGUGAGCGCAAUCGACCAAAGAAAAUAAAUACCAGAGCAGAGCCAGUAGAGGCCCAUACUUACGACAGGUCGCAUAGGACCUCCUUUCGAGGAUUGCCUUCGAGGUUCUCUCACAUGGCCAGAGAAGCCCAAACACCACAACAAAUAGUGAACAAUGUGAACCAAUUCACUGACUUUACGCCUAUGAACACUCCUCAAGAAAAAAAAUUCAAUUUGAUCAAAGAUGAAGCAUGGUUUCGUCCACCACCAGGAUUUGAAAGGGGGCAGCCCAAGCCUGGACCCAAUAAUUUAUUAUGUCUCUACCACAACGCAUAUGGACACCCCACGCAAUAUUGUCACAAUCUGAAAAGGCAAAUCGAAAUCCUUAUCAGGCAAGGUCGAUUAGAUCGAUUUGUGAAGCAAUCUCCACCAGUUCAUCAUCAGGACAGAGGAGACAAUUUUCUAGAGGGGCAACAACAUGGGACUGACAAGGAGUACAGAGCUAACAAUGUUCCUCCCAAAGAACGACGAGUGGUGCACAUGAUUAUAGGGGAAGAAAAUGCUGACCUAAGGAAUAUCGUCCAUCCGCAUAGCGAUGCUCUGGUAUUCUCAGCAGAGGUGGCAAAUUGCAUAGUUCACAGGAUCUUUGUUGAUACGGGCAGCGCAGUCAAUAUAAUUUACAAGGACUGUCUAACAGCCAUAGCUCUGAACGCGUCCCUAAAACCAGUAGGCGCACCUCUGUAUGGAUUUACUGGGGAGGCCAUUACUCCGAUCGGUUCUAUAGAAUUUCCCAUGAUAUGGGGGCAAGUGGGAGCCUCUAGAACUCGUAUAUUACGUUUCUUGGUAGUGGAUUUGCCCAAACCAAGUUAUAACAUCAUCGUGGGUCGCCUUGCUCUAGACGCUUUCCAGGCUAUGAUUUCGAUGUAUUACCUCAAAAUGAAGUUCCCUCUGGAAGAAGGAUGCGUGGGAGAGGUCUGUGGAAACCAAAUCUUGUCCAAAGAAUGUCACGUUCGUAGCCUCACAGCGCAGACUUCACGAAAACGGGCCAGAGCAGAGGAGGGACAAACAGAGACAGUACAUGCCAGAGCUGGUUUAUCUGCUAGAGCUGUCUCGCCAUCAAAAGUUGGUUUCUCUGUCAGAGUUGUUUCUCCUGCCAGAGCUGUGUAUCUCUCAGUCAUGUGGUUAACUCUGGAGGAAAGAAAAUGA